AGCACGGUUUAAGAUUUUAAACCGUGGCCCAAAGCGAUGUUUCCCGGCUCACUUGGCCGCCGCGAAAUUCCUACCACCUACAAGUUACAACCAAUCGCGCCCCUCAUCGCUCAGUUAUCACUACACUUGCCGCUGAUAACAGACGUGGUGAUAAGCGAACAAUCACACCGCUUAUCGCUAAUGCUCGACUGCCGCUUGCGCCGAGUCCACGUAUACACACGGCGCGCGUGGGGCUACAAUAUUCGCGACGUUCUUGUCUUCUAUUCACAACAACGCAAGAUAAGUAAGCCGCCAUCACUUGAAGUGGUGACGUUUAGUUUCUCGUGUUKUGUUUUUUAUUGGAUCGGGUGCGGGGAGUACUAACUCGCCGGCCGGCUGUCACUGUUUAUACGCCCUCGUUUUCGUCGACCGCCUUCUCUCCGUCUUAUUCUCUUCUCUAAUGCACAUUUUCGUUUUWCAUUUUGCACUCCUGACCGCCCUGCCAAAGUCUGAGCACCAGCAGCAGUGAUGAGUACCUUGAAGGUCUUCGCUGGAACCACAAUGAUCACACCAAUCGUCACUACAGCGACAACCGUCAAAUAGUCGCAACUGUACUUCAUAUUCUACCACAUUACCUCUACUUAUGUGCAGAUUGUAAAGAAAUUUGGAAACUUCACUUCAUUUAUCGUGGAUAACUUCUUUUGGAACAACAAUACUCCAUAGUUGGGAUUUUAACACUACAUCACUGCUUCUUCUAUUGUUAAAAUCUCAAUCCAAUAUUAUUAUUGCACACUGUCAAUAGUCAAUACAAAAGCAUCAAAAGACAUAACUCGACCACCAAUAUCGUGACUACCUACAUCAAAAUAUAAAGAUUAUAGCUUGUAUAUAAUGAUUCCACUAUCAUCUUCCACAUCGCAGAGGAAAUCAAGCGUGGCAGCUAAAAUGACAAGUGGCAGCUCCGCGGGUAUGCCUUCACCAACCAACCUCUUGACGAAGCUCAAAGGAGCUGUGCGUUCAGUUGUAUCGGACUCGAAUGCCCGMAACUUGAUGGGCUUCCUGGUUCUAAACUUUGUGUUUGCUUUCGUGGAACUCGCAUAUGGCAUGUGGACAAAUAGUUUGGGCCUGAUAUCAGACUCGUUUCACAUGUUCUUUGAUUGUACCGGCCUAAUAGCCGGGCUGGCUGCUCAAGUUGUCAGUCGGUGGCCAGCUGAUGAUUCGUUCGCCUAUGGUUAUAAACGCGCUGAAGUCCUGGCCGGAUUCGUCAACGCACUGUUCUUGUUGUUCAUAGCAUUUUUCAUWCUGACGGAAGCUGUGGAACGGGCCAUUGAACCACCCGAGGUGCACCACGACCGCCUUUUCGUUGUCAGCGUUCUAGGACUGCUCGUCAACCUGGUCGGUAUAUAUGUGUUCCAGCACGGUGGUAGCCACGGGCACAGCCAUGGUGGUCACGGUCAUAGUCAUGGUGGUGGUCAUGGGCACAGUCAUGAAGACGGCCACGGACACAGCCACGAUGGCGGUAAUCACACGCACGAAGACGACCUCUACAACCAGCACAACCAAGUGUCCAUAUCGAUGGGUGGCAGUGGCGGUCACCAACAGAACAAUGUGUCAGUGCCAACAGUCAGUACCGGUCAGAACCAUCUAAUGAAAGGUGUGCUACUACAUAUCUUGGCUGACACGCUGGGCAGCGUAGGGGUGGUGAUCUCAGCGCUAUUAAUGCGAGCUUUCGGGUGGAUGCGCGCAGACCCCGUUUGCUCAAUAUUUAUAGCCGUGCUCGUGGCAGCUUCUGUGUGGGGCCUACUUCGCGACUCAGCCCGCGUCCUUAUGAUGCGCACGCCCGUCGAGCUAGAUGAUGAGCGACGCGUGCUGGAUGCAUGCUACUCCCGACUUCAUCGGUACCAUCCUGCCGUCAUGGGCAUCCAGGAACCGCGGUUUUGGACGUUGUGCGCAGACACCUAUGCAGGCAGCAUCAAGAUCGAAGUGCGGUCUGGACUCACCGGGGUCGGAGGUGGUAAUUCUGGCAACAAUGAUUAYGCCGCGUCCUUGUCGCCAAUACAAUUGGCUAGCCAAUCUAGCCUCCAGCCCGCGGACGCUGCCCGACUAUUGCACGACCGCGACCAAUUCGCCAACAGUCUGGUUCGAUAUGCGCAACAGGUGUUUGGCGCUGUCGGUGUCCGAAACUUGUAUGUGCAGAUCGACUACGCGGGUGAUGAUUCGAUGCACAAUCAUCCACAUCACCACGUCAACGAUGUGCAGCGGCAAAACAACUAUGCAGCAGUCGGCAGCUUGCUUGAUCAACCGCAACAGCAAUUCCAGACAUACAAUCAAACUGUCUAUCAACAACAACAGCCACAGCAGCAGCAGCAGCAACAGCAACAGCAACAGUACACCAAUCCACUACUAAUGAUGUAAUAUGAUAAACGGUAGCACCUCAUAUUGCCACCAUCCGCACGAAUCCAAAAGAUUAUGGCUACCUCCAAUCUCCGAAAACUAUGCUGGUAGUUUCAAUGGCAACGUUAACAAAUAAAAAUCCUUUCCAUUUUAAUUAUACUACUAUUUUUACUUUAUUUAUGAUUCCCAUUUUAUAUCAUUCAUAUAAACGUGUGACAUAAAUUAUUGUAUCAAAAAUAAACAAGUUAUUUUAUUUGUACAUUAUACAUAAGAAUUUGUAUUUGUAUAUUGAUUAUUAUUGCAUUGUUACAUAUUUUGUUGUUUCUACACAAUUAUGAAGUAAACAAUUAGGAAAACUGUCAACUUUGCAAUGAAACAAGAAAACAGUUUAACAGUGCGAAGACUACUAUUUUAAAUAAUACAUAUUAUAUUAAUAUAUUUAAAAAUGUUUGAUAUUGUCAUUAUAUUCUCGUUUUUAUUGGUAUAAAUGUUGUUAAUGUCAAUUAAAAAUUGUAUCAAUUGAAUGAUUUUUUUUGUGUGCUAGGAAAUAAGUCUAAAUUUGGUUUGUUAAUAACAGUACCUAUUACCUUUUACCUAUAUAAAAUAUUUAUUUGAAAAACUAUUAUUUAUAAAUUAUAAUUGUGGAUUGGAACUUAAUCCUUUAAAAAGUACCAAUUACUUAAUAUGCAUGCUUAAAAAAAUACAUAUACCUUUGCAUUUUUUAAAUAGUUAAGAAUUAAAGCUUUAAGUUAAUAUUAUUAGGCCAAUUAAAUUAAUUUGGUGGACUUAUAUACUUAUGUCAUAUAAGUGGCGUAUUUAGGGGAGUUAGGAGUUCAAACCCUCCCUCCCUCCGAAACGUAUGGUUGUUUGGGGCAUAAGUUAUGCCGCAUAACUAUUGAUUAGAAUUUAAGAGGGAGUGUUGAAAUGUUUAUUUUUUUGUAUCCCCYCCUCCCAAAA